AAAAAUAAGAAAAGUAGGAGGAGAGAAAGAGAGAAGGUGAUCUGAAAGGAAUGGCUUCCGUUUCGUGGUUCUCUUGUCUUCAAAUGCGACCUACGCCAUGCCACUCCACCACACCCUUCGCCGCACCCAUAACAACACUUCACCAACAACACCACAACCCAUCUUCACUUUCUUCUACCGGAGAGGAAGGAUCAUCACAUGGUGUUCAUAGAAGACAGCUACUUGUUCACACGGCAGCCGCAGCUGCAUUAUUAGCACCCGCAGCACUUGUUCCAAAUGCAUCAGCACUCAAUGAUGUGUCUACUGAGGAGGAUGUUCGUAUUUACACUGAUGAUGUCAACAAGUUCAAGAUAGCUAUACCCCCAGAUUGGCAAGUAGGAACAGGAGAGCCCGAUGGGUUUAAAUCGAUUACCGCUUUCUACCCGCAAGAGGCUUCCAAUUCCAAUGUGAGCGUUGCCAUCACAGGGGUGGGUCCGGAUUUUACUAAGAUGGAAUCGUUUGGUAAAGUGGAAGAAUUUGCCGAGACUCUGAUUGGUGGAUUGGACAGAAGCUGGCAAAGACCACCGGGUGUGGCUGCCAAACUCAUAGAUUGUAAAUCAUCCAAGGGGUUUUAUUACAUAGAGUAUUCACUGCAAAAUCCGGGUGAGAGUCGCAGAACCUUAUAUUCUGCUAUUGGAAUGGCAUCAAAUGGUUGGUAUAACAGACUCUACACGGUGACAGGACAGUUUGUAGAAGAGGAAACUGACAAGUAUGCUUCCAAAGUGAAAAAGGCUGUUGCAUCAUUUAGGUUCAUAUGAACAAAGAGUUCAUGAGGGAGAUAUAUCUAUCUUAUGUUCCAUGUGGACGGAUGUGUCUACCUAGAUAUACUCUUAUAAGAUCCCUCGAUGUUAAUAUUAUUCCUUUUUUUUCCCCGUGAUAUAGUAACAUUGACAUUAUUUCUAAGCUAGAAAUGGCAUCCUAUAUACCACACUGGUAUGAUACUUACCACAACAUUUCCUCCAAUAUUGUUAAUCAAGCAGCAUGCUUACUCUCAAGCAGAAAUUCGACAGUUAAUGUAGCUAA